ACCAGGAAAAGGUGAUCUGAACUAAAUGUGAAGUAAGAGUUGAAAAUUCACCAUGUCUGUUUAAAACCCAGCUAAACGUGUUUAUUCUAAUUGUGUUAAUUAGUUAUAAGGGUGUUUUGUUGCCAUGGUCACACAAUUUUGGGUUAACUGUGAUGUAAAAAGCAGUGCAGUAUCACAUGUUAACACCUGAAUUAGUUUCAGGAUACAGUCCAAAAACCAGUCUGCUGAAAUGUCACUGAAAGCCUAAAGGUUUUGUUUUUGUUUGUUUUGUUUGUUUGUCUUUUUUCUGCACAGAGUGAAUAGAGCUGUUACUGAAAAGCUACCGCUGCUCAAACAAAGUAAGAGGAAAUGAAAGGAAUAUUUGCAUGUGUUGGAGAGCUGAUGAAUAAGUUUGGAUGUGUGCACAUGUUUGGAUAUUUACACAUGCAAAUAAAAUGCAAAAGGCUUUAGAUUAAAUAACUGCUUUGACUCUAAAGUAGAAAAUGUGAUGGUAAUCUAUUCUUACUUAUCUAAUCUAAUCUAAGAGCUAUAAGAAUGCAGUUUUUGUUGGGAGAAGCAUCAUGUGAACUUUAGAAGAAGAAAACCUGCCAUGAUGCUGUGGAGACUGUUGUUCAUCGUUGUCAUUGGUGCAACCGUUGGGAUCCUCAGUGAAAAACACUAUUGCCAGGAGCCACAGGGGAGAGAGCCAGUUACAGCUAAAUGCAACGCAGGAAACGUGAUUCUGACCAAGAAAACCUCGUCUCAGUCAUCUACUUUUACAGGAAAUGGGAUCACAUACAGUUCUGACAGAGCUGUUGAUGGAAAUUACGACAAAUGUUCUAUCACCGAUAAUAAACAGUCAUGGUGGAAAAUUGAUCUGCGGGGCAUUUACAACAUUUCCUGUAUCUCUAUAUUCAACAUAAAUGCAACUCAUGCAGAUAUAACCAAUGCUUUGAUCUACAUUGGGAACUCGAGACGGAACAACGGCACCAACAACACCCUGGUUCAAACUAUCAAAGCCUUUACAGUGUGCAAAUCCAAUGUCUAUAAUUUUACGCCAUCAGUGGGACGCUACAUCACUAUGUUCUUUCCUAGAGACAAAGUUGCAGUUCUGUGUGAAGUGAACAUCAACGGCACAAUAAAAGAAUCACCUUUUAUAUUAAUCAAGAAGAAAAUGAUUUGGGAAGAUGCCCUGUACUACUGCAGAGACAAUUACAAGGACCUGGCCUCCAUCCUUGAUGAAGAAGCGCAGGCCUUUGCUGAGCUGGAGGCUGAGAAGGCAGACACUGAGUAUGUGUGGUUGGGCCUUCACUACACCUGCACCCUGCAGUUCUGGUUCUGGGUAGAUAAUCACGCUGUAGAGUUUGAGCGCUGGAAUAUAAGCAGUAAACAAGAAAACUGUGACAUGAGUGGUGUCAUGAUGAAAAACGAGGAGCAUUUCUGGCACACAAAGUCUGACUAUGAAAUGUAUAAUUUCAUCUGUGCAAAAAAAUAAUCAUUCUGUGGUUGUAAUGCUGCCUAUGUUCAGCAGUCAUUUUGUUUUGUUUAACGAUAAUUUUCUUUUCAAUAUCUAUUGAACAUUUUGUAAAAUGUCUUUUUUCCAGGUGUUUGUACCUAAUUUUGGAUUCUAAAAAAUAAGUUGAGUUAGCUAAGAUGUUUUUAAUCCUCUUUAUGAAAGUGUAUGAUCAUCUGAAAUCGGUAUAUUUCUGUCAUCAAGUUGAUGGUUCACAUAUUUUGGGUAAUCUACAUUUUAUUUUCUCAUAUUUGGUAAAUACUGUAAAGUCUGUUGAAUACAUGUUUGUAAUCUGGUGCAGCUCUUUUGGACAUUAUCCUGGUUUGAGGUUUGGGACAGGUGUGAGAAUUUGAACUUAUGUAAAGCUGUUGAUGGGGUAGGAUUAAAUAAGCUCUCUUCUUCCCAAUCCUUUUUGAGCAUUAAGGAUUUGCAUUUAUUCUAUUGAGUGAAAUUGGACUGUCUGAUGCUGUUGUACAUUGGUGAUUUGUGUUACAAGUGCUUGAAAUAAAAAAUUAAUGAAUGAAUGGUAGGCUAAGAAUGUUUGGCCAUCUUACACAUUGAAAAUAUUAAUGAUUUUCAGACUUUAUUACUACUUCAAAGUGCAUUUUUAUUUAAAGAUGAAAAUAAACACAAUAUAUGUUAUUCAAAUACAAUAUUUAUGUAUGCAUAUUUUGGACAGUUGUCCUAAUAAAAAGGGUUGUUCU